CCGAAUUGGGCAUUAAAGCAGUAAAUAGCUGGUAUAAUGAAAUAAAAUAUUUUGAUUUUCAAGGAUCAAACGAUGACAUGGCUGCUUCCACAAGAGCUUUUCACUUUACUCAAGUUAUUUGGAAGGACAGUAGUGAGCUGGGCGUUGGUGCAGCCAAAAGUUCUAAAUCUGGAAAAUUAUACGUAGUGUGUAAUUAUGACCCACACGGAAAUAUUAGAUCGCAAUUUAAAGAUCAAGUAUUGCAAGCAUCAAUUGUUCCAUGAUCAGAUGAGUCACAACUAAAUUAAUAAAUGUAUACACACUAAAAUAUUAUAUUCAAAUCGAUUCUUGUUUGGGAGAUAAAAAAAAACACGAUCAACAAUGUUGUUUGAAUUCAAUUUUAAAUUUUAAUUUCAUAUAAUAAUUAUUCAAUAAAGAUAACUUUACRCUAAUAAGGCUUUUAGUUAUGUCAAUACAAAAGAUACAAGGGUUCGAGAGUAAGAUAAUUAGUCUCUAUUAUUUAUCAUUGUUCCCACAGUUGAACAAUAUCGCAUGUACCAAAACGUCAGCGUGUGAUAUUGUACUCGUAGUAUAAGAAAAUAAUGCUAUCACAUUAAUACAUAUUUAAUAUAAUACGACAAAUAGUCUAUGACUUAAAAUAUAAAUAUACAUGUACAUACAUUUAUCGAUUAAGUCUACUUUGUAUGAUUUUCAUACAUUGAUAUAAUGUUAUAUAAAUAGAGUCAUAAAUAUAUAGGAACUAAAGUCUAGACAAAUUUCAUCACCAUGGCGAUGUCCUAUAUAUAAAAUGUCUACAAGUUUAGUUAAUUUUUUGCUUUGAGUUUAACGAACGACAAGAUAUACCUAUAGGUAUAUAUUUAUAUACCUACCUAUUGGUAUUUUUAAUGUAUUUUUUUCAUUUUCGUAUACUAUAAUAAUAUUUUAGUAUAACACUCACAUCAAUCGCGUAUUGACAAAUCAAAUGGUCCCAGGUUCAUGUGUUCACCAAUGACACAAAAACUUGCAAAAUUUACAACAUCAGGUAUACAUUUUAUGAACGUCAACAAGAAAAUAAAAACGGGGCACGAUAUAUAUAUAACUAUAAUAAUACAAUAAAGCGUGCAAGUAAGAAAAUAUGUAUACWAUAAUAUCUUAGUUUAUAACAAUUAAUACAAUAUAAAGGGAGGUACAUCACUGAUUUAAUUUUGGGGUUUUCUAAUAGAAUCGUAUACCUACUUUAUUGUUUUAGUUUAUAUCUGUCUGGUAUGCACUCUACAAUGGCAAUCAAACCCCUCAUUUGUGUCAACAGCUUGAGUAUUAUUUUUCAAUAACCAGGACCAUGGAAAAAUAAAUAUACAAUCGUUAACAUUAUCUAGAUUCUAGGACAAUUUAAAAAAAUCGAAUUCCAUCAUCGUAAUUAAAAAUAAUGUGCUAACUUGUAACACAAUAGGUAGAAAUGUAAUUCAUCGUCUGUGAAUGAAUGGAUCUUGAAACACGUAAAUAACAGUAUUGAAACAUUAUAGUUAUUUUAAUUAUAUCUCGGAGUAUUAUCAAAUCCCGAAUGUCCAUUUUAACAUUGUAAUCAAACCAAGAACAGAACUAUGGAAAAUAUAAAUAUUUUCCCCUGUUUUUAGUAGAUAUAAUAUUAUCUAGAAAUAUUUUUUCUUAUUGUAAUUAUAUUUCAUUUAAAUUAUUUAAAAUCGAUACACAAAAACGUAUUUAACAUCUGCCGAAGAAUAUUGUAAACUGAAAUCAAAAUUCGGAAGUUGGAGUCAAUAAUUGUUUAUCCUCACAAAUCGUUUACAUAAUUAUAAUAUUACUUUAAUCAAAAUUAAUAAUUGUGGUUACAAUAAGAUAUUUACCAACACAGAGAAUAUUAUGACGCAAUAUAAACACGGUGCAUGAUGACAUCAAUAAUGAUAUGGUUAUUGUUUAGUGAAUAGAAUAUGAAAAAUAAUAAAAUAUAUAUAUGUAUAUAUUUCAAUGUAAUAAAUCGCACGYAGAUAGUCAUAGCACAUAGAUAAGUCAUAUCGCCGAAAACUAAUUGCUUGAAAUGCAUCAAAUUUCGAAAUAUUUGAUUGAUAUGUGUUUUAAUGGUACCUUUAUAUGCAUUUUUAUAUUGUUAUGGUGAAAAAUGUGGCUUGGAAAAGUUUUUGUUUUAUUCGGAGUAACUAGAUGGGUUUUAUAGAAAAAAGUAAGAACCAAUUAUAGUGAAAUAAUAUACUCAAAUGUACUCGUCGCGUGUUGCAGUUACUCUUGUGUUGACGGAAAAUUUCGCUUAGAAACAAAAUCGUACAACCCUGUUUGUUGGUAAUAAGGAUCAUCUCAAAAAAAAAUAAAAAUAAAAAAAAUACCAUUUCGCCGCCGACCGACGCUUCGUAUGUACCAAUCUACCUGUUUAUUCUUUACCCUACGAGUUCCGUAUAAGUCCCCWAUCCUAACCGAAUGAAAUUGUAUUCUCAUUGUAGAUUUUUUAUACUUUUACAUUUUUAUUAUUAUACACAUAUAUAGGUACAUAUAGUAGUUAUGUGUAUAUUUAUUUUGGCACAUAAUCGUUUUGAUUUCCCACGUGACGGUGCCAUAAUUGCAGAAAAACAUCGACUGCGUUCGCUCAUCUUCACAUACAAAUAAAAUAUAAUAACGGUGAAUGUGAAGACUGCGUAGAAUGUGAUGAUAUUUUGUUACGGAUAUGUUGUAUUUUUAUCUUCAACAAAUAUACAAUAACAGUAAAAUAUUGUAAUAUGAAUCUGCGUACGCAUUUAUAUAUAUGUGUAGACAUUAGAGUUACCCAUGAAAUGCC